CAGCGGGAGGAGACUCUGCGGGAGGGGAAAGGAGGUGGCGAAAGCGUGUGAAAGACGCCGUCUCGCAAGGUAUUUAUAGCCGGCGGGACGUGGACAUAGGAGGCGAGGAAAGAGGAAGCUCCCGAACACAAUAAAGAAGAAGACAAAGAGAGAGGAUGCUGAGGAGGAAGAGGAGUGUGUCAUUUGGAGGCUUUGGGUGGAUCGACAAGUCUUCCGUCAGCGCGCUGAGAGCUCGCAAACAAGAGCUCCUGGCCGCCUCCAAUGGUCCGGAUGGCGACUGCCCGCCCUCUCCGCCCCGCACCGCACCACCCACCACCAAGUCGGCCCAUUUCUUUGACAUGAUGGACAAGAUGGAGCAGGUUCCAGAAGCUGCAGAGAUGAAGGCCGCCCCUCCGAGGCAGAAGGAUGAUUACAUUCCUUAUCCGAGGAUUGAGGAGGUGUUAGAAAAGGGAGGUCCCUACCCUCAAGUCAUCCUUCCCCAAUUUGGAGGAUACUGGAUCGAGGACCCAGGGGAACCUCCCCCGCCCGCGCCUCCCCCCACCUCCAAAGAGGAGGAGCGGGAAGCAGAAGCCCCGGGUGCAGAUUGUGGAUACCGCCUGGAAGAGACCAACGAGGCCGCACGCGCAUACAGGAAGUACUUCUUGGGCAAGGAGCAUUUAAAUUUCUCUUGCUCAUCCAGCAGUGUGGGAAACCUUCUCCUGUCUGUAAGACAUGAAGAGGAGAAUCAGCAGGAGCACCUUCACGUCAUCAUCCGGUCUCGAGUGAAGACAAUUUAUCAGCGCCUGUCAGUGUCAGAGCUGCCUGAUAUUCCCAGUGUCCAAGAGCUAGCUAAGCUAUUAUGUGACGACGCAGCAAGUCUACGUUUUAGUCCUGUCCUUUACCCGAAGGCAUCCCAACUGAUUGUCAACUACGACGAGCAUGAGGUGAACAGCACGUUCAAGUUUGGAGUCAUUUUCCAGCGCUUUGGACAGGUGUCCGAAGAGGAGCUGUUCAGGAACAAUGAGGAAACGCCGGCGUUUCAAGAGUUCCUUCAGCUGCUCGGGGACACUGUGGAGCUGCAGGACUUUAAAGGGUUUCGUGGAGGUCUGGAUGUGUCCCACGGCCAGACAGGUUCCCAGUCUGUCUACACGGUCUACAGACAGCAAGAGGUCAUGUUCCAUGUCUCUACCAAGCUGCCUUUCACUGAGGGAGACACCCAGCAGCUCCAGAGGAAGCGCCACAUAGGGAACGACAUUGUUGCUGUGGUGUUCCAGGAGGAGGCCACUCCCUUUGUCCCUGACAUGAUCGCCUCCAACUUCCUCCACGCCUUCGUCCUUGUGCAGGUGGAGGAUCCGUGCUCUGAGAACACAAGCUACAAGGUGUCUGUUACAGCACGGGAGGAUGUACCGCCGUUUGGCCCGCCGCUACCAAAUCAAGCUGUUUUUAAGAAGGGUCCGGAGUUCAGAGAGUUUCUUCUGACGAAGCUCAUCAACGCAGAGCUGGCGUGUUACAAGAGCAUUCGUUUUGCCCGACUAGAGGAACGGACUAGGGUUGCGCUACUGGACACCCUACAUGAUGAGCUGCAAAGACGCUCCCAGAGAAUGCUCGGAUUGACAACAAAUCUCGAUGAGGACGCACGGGCCGAAAAUGGACAUGCCCAUGGUGGUCUGCUGGAAUCCAUCAAGAGAGCCAUGCGAGGACGAAGCGUCUCCAUGGAGACAAUGUCGAGGGGCGGGGCAGGUCUGCCUACCAGUCUGAGUGGAGGGGGGUUGGCACACAUCAGCUCUGAGUAUAAUGUGAAAUCUCCAGUGAAACGUCGCUCAGGUCUCUUCCCUCGAUUGCUGAGUGUUGACAGCCAAACAGACAAACACAGCCAUAGAGGUUUCCCCGGUGACCAGAGGAGCUUUGACAGUUGCCAGCAGACAUUGGAGGUCAAGUCUGAGCUGCCGUCCAAUCCCAGCUCUCCAGAGGCGGGUCCACGAGAAAGAAUUUGCUUAAAAAAAGAUUGCAGUAAAAUUUCCAGAUCCACUUCCAGCACGUGCAGCUUCAGCCUCCCUGGUGACGACACUCACCUGGUUGUCCAUCCUGUGACAGGAGAGGGUCAAAGUUCAACACCGCUCAUUAUCUGUCGAAGCCCCACGGAGUUGAAAAACAAAAACUCCCCGCGAGCUAACCUCAAGUUUCGUUUUGACAAGUUGAGCCACUCUAGUGCAACAGGACAAUAGACAUGCAUGGACAAAGAAAAGAACCUGAAUGUGUCCAGCCACAAUCACUGAAGACAAGGACAAAGACACAGCACACAUGCUAAGACCUUUGCUAUGUGGCUGGAAUCAUUCUAUCAAUUUUAAAAGAUUGUAUUUUGGUCCACGGAAAUGGCAACUUUAUGAGUUUUUAAGGUGUGAAAAACUCUGAUGAUGUCAAAAUAGCGUCGUCGUCACCUCAGCCGUUUGAAGACGAGUAAAUUAACUGAUGACCAAGUUGAAAAGGCCCAAGCAAAGAUCCUAUCCAGUUGCAUCGUGGGAAAUGUAAACUGGAAAAGAGGGAUUUUUGAUUACAUUGAAAAAUUACAUCAGUGGACAGUCACAGAACCUUAUAAUUGUAUUAAAUGUGUUUAAGUGAAAAAUAAGAUACAACUUUCAUUGAUAAUAGCAGUAAAACUGCCGUAGAUUAAUGCAUUAUAUUGAAUAAUCAGGGAUAACGGCAAGAAAGGAAGGUGGAAAACUUUAUUUUUGUGUAGAAUAUACAAACAUAAAUAUGCAGCACUUUCCCAUGGCAAAUGGCCAUAUUUUUGUCUUUUAGAAUUAAAAUGUAGUUCCUUUAACAAGAUGUACAAAUACAAAUUUGAAAGAAAACAUUUUUUUUCCACAUUUAAUUACUUUGAUUUGCAAUGAACAUUUGGCUUUAUUUUGAAUCCGCUUGUUGGACACUGUGCUGCAAAUCAUGCAAAAUCUACUGUACACGUUAAACUGCCGUCUAAAGCAAAAAACCAAAAGAAGGGGUAUAAACAUGUUUGAUUUUGCACUAAAAUGCUUAUAGGUGUUAUAUGUGUACAAUAAAUGAUGCUAAAAAUAUAUAGCUGUCUUUGCACUGAAAGCACAAAGUCUCUAAUGUUCCUGAAUGCUGUCCAUGCAUUUGUCUCCUCCAUCUCAAGAGAUGAUCAAAUGUAGCAUGAUGUUUGUUUCUGUCCAGUUUCCUUUCAUCCUGACACAAUAUAUUGUUUCUCUUACAUUGUGUAUUUUCUGUCAAUAAAAAAAACGUUCUUGUUUAUUU